AUCGUAACUUUUUUGGGGUCCACAGUUUCCACAGUGUGUACUGACCGUUACAAAUCUAGAAAAAGGAAAAACAGUGUGUAUACGAACAACCCAGAUGUUGCACGAGUCAUUGAGGUGUUCUGUGACCAAACAACAGCCGGAGGAGGGUGGUUAGUGUUCCAGAAGAGACUGGACGGUUCGGUGAAUUUUUACCGAGGCUGGACCGAGUACAAAGGUGGCUUUGGAAAUCUGACUGGUGAAUUUUGGCUUGGGCUUGACAAGAUACAUCAUCUGACUACCCGUGGAGAGUACAAACUUCGUGUUGAUCUGGAAAACUUUUCAGGGAACACCUAUUGCGCUGAAUACGAUUCCUUUAAAGUAGCGAGUGAGGGAGAGAAAUACAAAUUGAGCCUGGGAAGUUACACAGGCACUGCUGGAGAUUUUCUGGCUCGUCAUAACCGCCAUAAAUUCUCUACAAAGGAUCAGGAUAACGACCCAUCUCGCGUUAACUGUGCCGCACAACGGCAAGUGCAAGGAACCUGGUGGUACUUUCAUUGUAGAGAUAGCAACCUUAAUGGUGUCUAUCGAAACGAAGAGGACAAUGGUACUAUGUUAUGGAGUAGCAUUCACCCCAUUAAGAGAGCUGAAAUGAAGAUCAGACCGAUAGAUUUUUAGCAUCGGCGCCUGAUACCAUCUCUUCUACUUCUCAAUGCAAUUGCAUACCUCAAAUUAGUUAACACAAGUACGUACAGGUAGUAACAGCCUUUAAAGAUUUAGGAUAAACUAUGCCAUGUACAAGAAAAUUACAAUUGCAAGUUGUGAUUUUGAAAAACAUUUUAAGGCCACCUUGACAAGGACCGGGUCGGCCGUGUUUACCAGAAAAAAUGUCUAAAACAUCUGUUGGAAAGACGGGAGGAGAUGCUCAACAUAGUUUUUGCCUCUUCUAUACACCAUUUUUGACAUAAAGGUAACCCUUUCAUAUGUAUCUUCCAAAGAAAAUGGUACUCCUUUCAAAUUCCCUAAAAAAUGUCCUGCUGAAAUCUUUCGACCCAAGAAAGGUCCACUAGGAAAUUUUUACCCCCAAAAAUCCCCUUAACAUUAAUUUAAAACUCACUGAAAAAGGACACCAUUGUGACCUGAAAGGGAUAUUUUGAAACACUCUUUUUCAAAAAAUCUUAAGUUAUUAUACUUCAACUCGUAAAA